CGACCGACCCCAGGUCACAGAAUUUCCCUUCUCAAUAUGGCGCACUAGCUAACCCAUAUUCUGCGAUUUAGUUAUUUUCCGACCUUCCAGAGUAUCCAUUGACCCCUGGUGUCGGUGCUUCAGUUUUUUAAGAUUCACGAUGUUGGCGGUGAAGAGAGCGCUGCAGUUCGGUCUGAGGAUAUCUUCGGCUGUGUCAAGACGUGGCUGCGCUGGUUCUGCUGUCCCGAUUGAUGAUGUUGUGAACGGGUUGACGGACGAGCAGAUCCAGCUCAGGCAAACAGUUCGCAGGUUCUUUCAGGAGCAAUUGGCCCCUAGCGCAGAUGAGAUCGACAAGAGCAAUGAGUUCAAAGGGAUGCGGGAUUUCUGGAGACAGUUGGGUGAUCUUGGAGUCCUUGGGAUCACUGCUCCAGUGGAGCUGGGUGGCUCGGGUUUGGGCUAUCUGGAUCACGUGAUUGUGAUGGAGGAGAUGACGAGAGUAUCAGCUGCUGUCGCACUUAGCUAUGGGGCGCACUCCAAUCUCUGCGUCAACCAGUUGGUGCGCCAUGGCAAUGAAGCACAAAAAGAAAAAUAUUUGCCCAAGCUGAUGACAGGGGAGCAUAUUGGGGCCCUGGCUAUGAGUGAGCCCAAUGCUGGCUCUGAUGUGGUUUCCAUGAAGUUGAAGGCCAGGAAGGAAGGCGACCACUAUGUUCUCAACGGAAAUAAGUUCUGGAUCACCAAUGGGCCAGACGCUGAUGUGUUAGUUGUAUAUGCAAAGACUGAACCUGAAGCUGUGGCUCGUGGCAUCACUGCCUUCAUCGUGGAGAAGGGCAUGCCUGGGUUCAGCACUGCCCAGAAGCUAGACAAGCUUGGGAUGCGAGGAUCCAACACCUGUGAGCUCAUCUUCGAGGACUGCAUAGUUCCAGGGGAGAACGUCCUGGGCCCACUCAACAAAGGCGUGUAUGUCCUGAUGAGUGGCCUGGAUCUGGAAAGACUGGUGCUUUCAGCUGGCCCUUUGGGCAUCAUGCAGUCUGUAUUGGAUCAUGCAAUCCCUUACAUGCACAUCCGAGAAGCAUUUGGACAGAAGAUUGGCCACUUCCAGCUUCUACAAGGCAAGAUGGCGGAUAUGUACACACGGUUGAGUUCAUGCCGGCAGUAUGUGUACAAUGUAGCUCGCGCCUGCGAUAAGGGCCACUUCAACGCCAUGGACUGUGCUGGAGUCAUCCUAUAUUGCGCAGAAAAUGCCACUCAGGUUGCACUGGAUGGAAUUCAAUGUCUUGGGGGCAAUGGAUACAUCAACGACUACCCCAUGGGUCGAUACUUGCGGGAUGCCAAGCUUUAUGAGAUUGGGGCAGGCACCAGCGAGGUGCGGAGGAUGAUCAUCGGCCGUGGCUUCAAUGCCAUGUACAAGUAAAGCAGCACAGAUGGGCUUCGGCCAAGCUUCCAACGCCAACGUGCCGAGGCUCCCAGCCAAGAGGCCUUUCAAAAUCAACUGCUUGUGAAACACAUUUCACAAACAGGAAAAUAACUAGCUAACGUGAAGAAAAUGAUUGGUUAGUUUCUGUAGAUCUAUAACUACCCUGUCCAAGGUCUCAAACUGUAACUGACCUCAUAAUGAUCAUACGCAAGGCCAGGACAGAACUAGUACUGAAGCAGUUCACAGGAUGGGUGGAUUAUUAUGAUUAUACCAAUACCCAAAGGCAGGAAAUCGCAUUGGUAGAGGGAAUCGUAUCUAUAUAAGUGUGUUGAACCAACACUACUUGUUGAAGAAUAUUUUUAGAGAAAUAUCUUCCAUUAAGGGCACUCCUCCAAUCAUAAAACAAGUAUGUUCAUGAUGUGAAGUCUUUGAGCAUAUAUCCUUUCUGUCUGUAUUCACAUACCUAGAGACUACUAGCUUGCAAAAGAUAAUUUUGGUUGAAUUAAUAUCAUUUUUCAAAAGCCUAUUUGAAUAUUAGCUCUUGUAAAACAUCCUGCCCUGGGGGAUACUUGUGUGUCUGUUAUGUAUUGUCAAACUCAGUUUUAUUGACCAGCCCUUGAAAACGCAUACUCAAAUGAAUGUUUGGAAAAAGAAUACUGUGUUGUGUAAAAAUUUUAAAAGAUCUUUUAUUGUUGGUGCGGUUAUUUGUAAGUUGGUACUUCGAUAGAACAUGAUUCUGCUAUGCUGUGAAAAUUAGUGUUAUAAACCCAUGUGGAGGGGUUGCUUUUAAUCACACAAUUGAAAGUUUCUGUUGUAAUUUCUGCAUCCAAGUUUGAAUAGAAUAAAUAACAAAAAUAAA